UGCGCAGUCGCAUUAGGCAGUGACAUCAAAUGUGUCAAGUUUGUGGUGUCAGUUGAUAGAUUCCUCACCCUGUUAUCGUUUUAUCUGUCGGGUAGUUUGGUAGGUGGAUCAUUUUAAUAAUAAUUAAACGAGAAUCAUGGCUGACACGACGGUGGACGCAACACGGCGCUUGAAUGUCAAAAAACAAACGUUAGACGACGCGUACGCGGCGCCAGCAAACUUUCUCGAAAUCGAUGUGAUCAAUCCGAUUACUCACGGCGUCGGCAAAAAGCGAUACACUGAUUACGAAGUUCGAAUGAGGACAAAUCUCCCUGUAUUCAAAGUCAAAGAGUCCAGCGUGAGAAGACGAUACAGUGACUUUGAAUGGCUCCGAAACGAACUGGAACGAGAUAGCAAGAUAGUAGUGCCACCAUUGCCUGGCAAAGCAUGGAAGCGUCAGAUGCCAUUUCGAGGUGAUGAUGGAAUAUUUGAAGAAGACUUUAUCGAAGACCGGCGAAAAGGUCUUGAAAUUUUCGUGAAUAAAAUAGCUGGCCACCCAUUAGCGCAAAAUGAACGAUGUCUCCACAUGUUCCUGCAAGAGCCAGUCAUAGAUAAGAACUAUGUUCCUGGAAAAAUACGAAACACGUAAAGUUGAUCACCGUAACAAGUCGCUCACGUAGCCACGACAACUUCAAUUAAGACCUUGAAAUUUUUCUAAUUCUAAUUACUUCAAGAAAAAAAAAAAAACAUUUGAUUGUGCAUUUUAUUGGUCUGAGCUAAGCUCUUAGAUAUGAUUAUUUCACUUCAUUCUUAAUUGCUACUGUGACGGAUUACAAUUAUAAUUUUUUUUUUAUUGAUCUAAAUUGAUAUUACCAUGAAACGUAAAUUGAGGAAAAGAAAAAUAAUAAUAUUGUGAUAAGAGAUGAGAGAUAAAUGAAGAACCAUUAAAACCAUACCUACAUAAAGUAGAUAAUCAUGAAAUCAGCUAUUGCUGAUCGUCUUGUUUUUUUUUUUUUUCUGUAUGAUGCACUUAAAUUAUAGAGCAGCUUCACAGGAUCAAUUCCACUGUGCACGAAGAAUAAUUCAUUAUUCAAAGUUUGGUUAACUUAGCUGUGCCAGUAUAUAUAAAGGAUACAUUAUUUCAGCAUAUUCGUAUACGCAUGUGUUUCUAUCGAAUUUAUACGAUUUAUGGCGAUGUGACCGAUAAGGUGCCCAAAUCAGCACAGGAUAUUAUUCGAAAAUUAUUCUAGAACCCAAUAUUAUCAAACUCGAUUGUUAUAUUUAUUCAAUACCAAAUAAUAUGCAUUAUCAUUAUUACUUCGAUGAAGUAUACUAAAAGAAUCUUGAAAAAGUUUUUACAAUAUAAUUCAUAACAGUUGAAAAAAGCAUUAAAAUUGAAUAUUUAGUAAUAAAUUGUAAUAAUUGAAUAUAUAUUUUCAUAAAAGUUGAUCAAAUCACUCAUUUCAAGUUAGAUUUCAACUAUUUAAUUAUACUGAAAUGUAACGAGGUUCAUUUCUUGACAAAUUAUGAAAUCAAUGUUGAGUGUCUUUCAGCAUUUUUUACGUCAUAUCUUUGAAACACAAUGAUUUUUUCCACAAUUGUGAAUGAAUAGAUAGUUUUAUUUUGUCACUUAACUUUGAUGCAGUUGACUAUCAAGUUCACGGAUUAUUUAGAAAUAAAUGAGUUUUGAAACCAAUAAUAUUUGAUCAACACUAAAGACGAAUGAGAAAUUUACAAUAUUGAUUUAAUUGGCAAUCAUGUCCACAUAUUAUCUAUUGUACUGUUGGAAUGCUGUUCUCAUCAUAUUAAUAAUGUAAUAUUUGUGUUGAGUAUUUGAUCCCAUUUCUAUUCUGUCACUUGCAGCAACAAAGCUAUCCCAGUUUCGAACUGAUAUAUUAAUUCAUGUAACGUGUUUUGCUGCAGAUCCUGGCACUUUUUUGAAUGUUUGAAAGUGUAAACAGUCACUUUUUGUAAAUAUCGUGAAUGCUGUUCUUUGUAAAAUACGAAAUGAAGGGGAAAAAAAGUUUAAAUAAACCAAUUUGAUGCUAGCCAAAACCAUGAGACAGUAGCAGUUAAGCUUCUUUGUUUGACUAGUCUUGCAAAAAAGUGUGCAGAACUCAUGUCUGAGCAAGAUUACUAGCUUGACGUGUGAUAAAUAUCAAUUGAACUUAAAGUCGUGUCUACAAAAAAUAUAAACUCACAGACCUAUAUUUGCAUGUCAAGGUAUAUAAUGAAUAAAAAAAAAAAAAAGAAUAAGGAAAAUUAU